AUGUCACACUUCUUGUGCUUGACUCCACAGAUUCUUCUGCCCUUUAGCCCUCUUACUUCUCAAGAGUUUGAUCUGAUCCGACUGAAGGCUGGAGCAUCUUGGCAGAAUGCAACAAGGUGGUCAGAUUAGUCUGUAACAACGUACGCGGGCAGUUACCGGAAAAAGCAGCUGGAUGAUUCCACGUGCGGCGGACUUCAAGCAGACCAGCCCUGGCCUGCGUGUAACCAAUGUCAUUGCCAAACUGCUUUGCCCGCAGGGCUGGUCUCCAAGAGACCACAGAUGUUAAAGAACAUAGGCUUCAUGAGAGAAGGAACUUGUCUGUCUUCUUCGUCUCUGUAUCUCCAGCACCCAGGACAGGGCUCAGUACAAACCAGAUGUCCUUUAACUGUAUGUUGA